AUGGAUGGGGAGGGCUUCACAUACACCCUAAAGAAGGAGAGCGAAAAUAAGGUUUUCUGGAGGUGCUCUGUUCGUAAUAAGAAUAUGUGCUGCCGAGCAACAGUCAUCCAGAAUGGUGAUUCAUUCAAAAAGGGUAAUCAUGCUCACCUUCAUGGUCUGGAGGUAGCCAAAGAUCCAGCAGAAAGAAAAUUUCUUUUGAGAUAUCAGGUCAGUUGCCAUGACGAUGUUCCACCAGUAAUAGCCACUCCACAUCAUUAUCUGAUCAGUAUUUAUAGAAGUCAACUCUUCUUUGUUGCUGUUGUGCAGAAUGAAGUUCCUCCACUGUUUGUGAUAGAGUUUCUUCAUAGGAUCUUUGAUACCUUUGCUGAAUACUUUGGAGAAUGCACAGAGACAGCAAUUAAAGAGAACUAUGUAGUUGUUUAUGAGCUUUUGGAAGAGAUGCUUGACAGUGGUUUCCCGCUAGCGACAGAAUCCAACAUUCUGAAGGAACUAAUCAAACCACCAAACAUCCUUAGAGCAGUGGUUAAUACAGUCACAGGAAGCUCAAAUGUUGCAGAUACGUUACCAAGCGGACAGUUGUCCAAUGUGCCAUGGAGGCGAAGUGGGGUCAAGUACACCAACAAUGAGGCAUACUUUGAUGUGAUUGAAGAGGUAGACUGCAUCAUAGAUAAAUCUGGUUCUGUAGUCUUUGCAGAGAUUCAAGGUCAUAUAGAGUGUAGCGUCAAACUCUCUGGGAUGCCUGAUCUUACCAUGUCAUUUGUCAACCAUCGCCUCUUAGAUGACGUCAGUUUCCAUCCCUGUGUCAGAUUCAAGCGUUGGGAGUCAGAGAGAGUGUUGUCAUUUGUUCCACCUGAUGGCAACUUCCAGUUGUUGACAUAUCACAUUGGAGCUUCAAGUUUGACCGCCAUUCCAGUCUACAUCAAACCAAACAUCUCCUUUAGGGAAACUUCUGGAAGAUUUGACAUCACUAUUGGACCAAAACAGACGAUGGGAAAGACAGUAGAGAAUGUAGUGAUCACAUCAGAUAUGCCUAAACAGGUUUUGAAUAUGAACCUAACCCCCACCCAGGGGAGCUACAGUUUUGACCCCGUCAAUAAGACACUGUCCUGGGAGGUAGGUAAGAUUAAUCCUCAGAAACUUCCAAGUAUCAAAGGGAGUAUCUCGUUACAGAGUGGGGCACCACCUCCUGAGGCUAACCCAACCGUCAAUGUUCAAUUCUCUAUCAGUACUCUGGCCAUAUCUGGAGUCAAAGUCAAUAGAUUGGAUAUGUAUGGAGAGAAAUACAAGCCAUUCAAAGGAGUGAAGUAUAUAACUAAAGCAGGCAAGUUCCAAGUACGAACAUGAGGCAGUACAAACCAAGGGCGUUAUCAAGGCCCAAUUUCAUGGCUCUCCUUACCGCCGAAUUCGGCGCACAUGAUCACCAUUCUCCGCUUACGUGCAAGCGCCGAGCUUCCGCGCUAGCUGUGUAAGCGUAGAAUGCCUAGUACUGUGGAGUACACACGCACAGGAGCCGAAUUCCCUGCUAGCCUGUGAAAUAUGCUUGACGUAAGCACAGAAUUCCCUGCUUACGUAAGCGCCGAUUCUUUGCUUAGGGUUAGCAGAACCAUGAAAUUGGGCCCACAUAUACCAAGUCUUUUAUCUCAGUCUUUGGACCAUGAUAGUAGUUUAUGUAUCAAUCCUUAGUCAUGUACAUGUACGUAUUAACAACUGUUCAGUUAAAAUUGACUAUUUAUAUUGUCGGGUAUUCAUGGACAAGAUUUCAUCAGAUUCUUAUACUGACCCAUUUCAUGAAGUGCAGUGUGCUUACACGCCUCUUUCCUGAACGCCAUUUUGGGAGUCAAAACAUACACAAAGAAAUUGACUUCUAAAAUGGUGGAAAUGGUGGAUGCGCAUUGUGUGAAGGUGCAUUCCCGUUGUGCACUUGGUUAACAUGAAAUCUGGCUUUAAAGGCAGUGGACACUAUUGGUAAUUACUCAAGAUAAUUAUUAGCAUAAAACCUAACUUGGUUACGAGUA